UUGAGCUAUUUUUCCUCCCUGGUCUGUCAGACAGAUUACUAUUGAUUUCAAAAUGAAGCUGCCCGGAGUGAAAAGCCACACUGUUCUGGUAUCGGUAGCAAAGUUCUAAAUUUACAGUCACACUUCAGUAAAACCUCUUGUUCCAGGCUGCAAUCCAUAGAUGUACAAGAUUAUGAAAACAUGAGACGCUGCUAAAAUUUGCUAAGUAGAGAAUAACCCAUCACCUGUGCACUAAGCAAAAUCCAAGUCGGCGUUCAGGAUUUACAUUUACAUUUUGAACCUAACAGAUAGCAGAGCUGGUACCAUCCGUGUGAACAGAAUAAUUAUAUCACCCUAAACUUGGUAAAGACAAAAGCUGGGUCAAUAGAUUUGCUCAGGUUCAAGUAGCAGCAGUUAGAAGGGAACAGGAGUAAGGGAAGAAGCAGCUAAGUCAGGGAAGACUCAUGUCCUGUAUUAUCGUUGAACAGACAAAAUCUGGGACCUCUGGAAAUCAACCACAUCAGGUAAACUUCCUUAGCUGCACAUCUUUUUCUGGUGCAGGAACGGAUUAGGUGCACAUCACAGUCACUGAAUGUGUUAUAAUGAAGAAAAUUCAUAGGAAAUGCUCAGAAUUUAAACUAUAGAGUGAGCCCAUGACUAUCAUCCCAAUUUUCAUAGCUCAGCACUAGACCAGAAGCAAGUGGACAGUUUUCUGAAACAAUCUGCAGACAUUCAGUAAAUCCUCUGCCCCAUGCUUAUGUUGAGCAGAACAGAUCUCUACCAAAUUAUAACAAAGUAGAUAAUUGUGUUUGGUUUGUUGGGUAAAUAUAUUUCCUCCAGUUGCAUCAAGACUCUCCUACAAGCGUGAAGAUACAACAGAGAUGGAAAAUGUUGAGUAAUUUUCUUACUCUAAUUACUGCUUUCACUAGAUAGCUGAUUUUGAGUACAACUCAAAUACGCCAAAUACAAUGAAUGGUUUAGCAAUCCUUUAUGAAGAUGAGCAAUAAAGAUACUGUCAGGCAAUAAGGGAGAGAUUCAGCAAACCUUGUGGUCAUGAUUGGAAGUUUGAUUGAACUAGAGUAAACUUCUCCUUGAAAAGAUCAGUGCAUCAGUUGAGCUUUAGUCAGCCACAUCAUCCUGUAAAUUACUUUCAAGAUAAGCCAGUACAUAAAUUCUCUUUGCAAAGAUACCUUACUUCAGAACAGUCCUCCUACAGACAGAAACAUGGCAUUUAAUGGUAGCUGGAAAAUAGACAAGAAUGAAAACUAUGAAAAGUUCAUGGAGGCGAUGGGUGUUAACAUGAUGAAAAGAAAGUUAGGAGCCCAUGAUAACCUGAAGAUCACUAUUCAACAAGAUGGAAACAAAUUUUCUGUCAAAGAAUCAAGCAACUUCCGUACCAUAGUUAUUGAAUUCACUCUGGGAGUCAAUUUUGACUACAGUCUGGCUGACGGGACUGAGCUUAAUGGUGCUUGGAACAUGGAAGGAAAUAAACUCGUAGGAAAAUUUACUAGAAAAGACAAUGGAAAAAUACUCACAGCACACAGAGAAGUCGUAGGUGAUGAACUUGUUCAGACCUACACAUAUGAAGGAGUUGAAGCCAAGAGAAUCUUCAAAAGGGACUAAGCACUUCAGUCAGAACAGCACCAAAAUCCAGUGGAAAAAAGACCGGUUUUCUACAUGCGCUCUGCAUUUGUUUUGUUUUUUUCUUUUUAUCCACUCACGGCACUUCUUAAACUGCAAUUUACUUAGCCCUGUUGAAAACACAGGCUGGUUCCUUAUGUUUACUGUUUUGCCUUGAAUAAACAAAAUCCAAAUACAAUUUGAUACAAAUGCUAAAAUGUUAUUUGUACCAAGUCCUACCCAAGUGCCAUACAGUAAAAGGCUGCAGAAACUAUUUUCUAUAAGCAGAACUGAAAUAUUCUUUGCACUGCUUCUCAAAUGGCAACUUGGUUUCCUUACCAUAAUAUUUAUAUUGAUGAAUGGUUUCUCUGUAUUGAAUAUUGUGUUUAUUAAGGAUGGCAAGACCUAAAAGAAACCUGGCAACACCCAAGUCUCUGAGACUAUUCUAUGUAAAUAUAAAUAUGGAAUAAAUGCAAAAUAUGCUGUGAUAAUACAGCUCACUUGGAUGACUUAAAUGAUAUCACAUCGAUACCUUGCUCAUAUCAAUAGGAACAAUAUAAAGCAUGUACUGAUGAUAUACAGAUAUUUCACAUAAAGUAAUUACAUUGUCUUUGUUUCUGAAAGCAUGAUCAUGCUUUGAAAGAUGCAGAUUUUGAGGUGUUCCAAUUUAUUAGGGGUUCAAAUUAUUCUGUGUCAGGAAAAGCAUUAGCAGGCUCUGAGUGAGUUUCUUUCAGAACAUGAAGGAAAACAUUGAAGGCAUCUUAAGAGGAUAAAGAAUGAUUUCAGACUAUGUUGACUUCAAACACUGGUGUUUCUGAUGGGUGACAACAUGCACCACCUUCUGCUCAUGUUGUCCAGUCUGUAAGUGCUCUUUUCAACCCAGCCUCAACUCCCUUGAGUUACGCCAUUUCCUAAGGGUUCCGGUAAAAGUGCCUCUCGAGGGUCAGCACUAGUUAAGAUCUGCUGUGUCUCUCUAACUAUGCCUGCCUCUUGGUGGUCACCUACUCCUGUCCCCACGUCUAUGGGGCAGCCUGCUUCCCAGCCAUGGACACUUUCUGACCCAUCAGCAGAACAAACCUGGCUGCUGCCAGCACUCUUGUCCUUCAGCAAAUACGCCCCAAGCUCUUUUUUUUUUGGCUUCUGAGCUUUCUGUGCCCAUGCUUUUGCUGCCGUAGUUAG